AUGAUACCUGUUGUCUGCAGACGGGCUCGCGGCGUCCAGACCCCGGUGGUUCUCUGCAAGAGACUACUGUCAACCAGCGCGCCAUUACAAAGAGAACGACAAAAGUCCAGGCCGCAUCGCGCCGUCGGCGAAAGGCCGCCUGGCAAGAAGCUGCGACAGAGGUUGAAUGAAGAUGGGAAGCUCCAGUCAAGAGCUGAUUCGAUUGGCCAAGGCCAUGAUCCACGCUCAAGGCUCAUUUUAGAUUAUGACAAAAAGUAUAAAGGCAAACAUGCCGUGUUUCGAUCUACCGUACUCCAUCGCUUGCAGUAUGUGCUGCAGCAGCAGCUCGACUCGGCCCAAUUCGGGCAAGGUGGCAUCAGCGAGGAUGAGCUGCGCCGGCAGGGCUCCGAGUUUAUGGACGCCAUUGACGAGGCCUUUGCGCUCGCUGAGACCAACAUUACUCGUCGCGAUAAGAACCCGCUCUUCUGGAACCUGCGCGACGCCUUUAUCCAAAGGGACGUCAAGGGUUUGCAGAAGGAGAUUCAGUAUGCCUUUCAGUCCUUUGUCACCCACAAGCGCUUCUCUAAAGGCGUCGAGGAGAGCCAGGCCAACAUUCUCAAUCUGCGCUUCCCACAUGAGUGGUUCCCGGCCACGCGCUCGAUGCAGCGCAAGAUUCACGUCCACGUCGGCCCGACCAACUCAGGCAAGACGUACAAUGCGCUCAAGGCGCUGGAAGCCUCCAAGCGCGGCGUCUACGCGGGCCCGCUGAGGCUGCUGGCCGCAGAAGUCUACCACCGACUGCGCGCCAAGAACCUGCCCUGCGCUCUCAUCACCGGCGAAGAGGUCCGCAUCCCCGAGGACACGGACGAGUACUUUUCCAGCUGCACCGUUGAGAUGGUGCCGCUCAACCGAAAAUUCGACGUGGCCGUCAUUGACGAGAUUCAAAUGAUUGGCAACGAGGAGCGAGGCAAUGCAUGGACCACUGCCUUUCUUGGAGUGCAGGCCAAGGAGGUCCACGUCUGCGGUGAAGAGCGGACCGUGUCGCUGAUUGAGAAUCUCUGCGCAACAAUCGGCGACGAAUGCAUCGUGCAUCGCUACGAGCGGCUCAGCCCCCUGAAAACAAUGUCUACAGCGUUGGAAGGCAAAUACAGUCGACUGGAAAAGGGCGACGCCAUUGUGGCUUUUAGUCGCCUGUCCCUCCACGCCCUCAAGCGCCAGGUCGAGCAGGAAACUGGUCGCAGAUGCGCCAUCAUUUACGGCACACUGCCUCCGGAAGUGCGCGUACAGCAGGCGGCACUUUUUAAUGACCCAGACAACGACUACGACUAUGUCGUGGCCAGCGACGCCAUUGGCAUGGGCCUCAACCUCGAAAUCAAGCGCGUCAUCUUCGAGUCAGUGCACAAAUUUGACGGCGUCCAGCAUCGUAUGCUGAGCGUGCCCGAAUUCAAGCAAAUAGGCGGUCGCGCCGGCCGUUACCGCUCCGCCCAGGCGGCCCAGGUUGGCGAGGGCAGCGUCGCCGAUCCGGCCCCGGAUGUGGAGCAAAAGGUCGGCUAUGUGACGGCCAUGGACCGGCAAGAUGUGCGCUCCAUCACAAAGGCCUUUCAGCACGAUGUCGAGGACAUUCAGCACGCCUACAUCCAGCCCCCGCCGAGCGUGGUCGAGCGUUUCGCGUCCUACUUUCCUCCCGACACACCCCUGUCCUUUAUUCUUACGCGCAUCAAGGCGGCGGCUAACGUCAGCCCGCUCUAUCGACUCAACAUUAGCAGCUCGGCGCUCGAGAUUGCAGACAUCAUUCAGGAUCUCCCUUUGUCGAUCUACGACCGGCAGAGCAUCUGCCACAUGCCCAUUUCGCUCUCGAGCGAGGGCUCCAUCGCCGCGCUCCGCGCCAUGGCUCGCGUCAUUGCCCACAACGAGGCCGGCGAACUGCUAUCCAUCAAGGAGAUACCCCUCGAGGUCCUCGAUCUCCCUUUCAUGCAGCUCUCGGGUAAAGAGGCCACCGAGUACCUCUACAAGCUCGAAUCUCUGCACAUGGCUCUCAACGGCUACAUCUGGCUCUCGUACCGCUUCAUUGGCAUGUUUCGCAGCAUCGACCUCGCCUUUCAUGUGCGCGGCCUCGUCGAAGCCAAGCUGAUUGACGCGCUGGAGAAGCUUAACUUCACCGACGAGCAGCUGCUGUCCCAGCGGCAGAGGAAGAGACGCCAAGCCAAGGUAGCCCAGCUGCGCGGGAAGGUGGUGGCCAAGGCGGACAUUGACGCCACCAACGACAGCGCCAUUCUGGGCCUCACGGCUUCCAAGACGGCGGCGGAGCAGCGGGAGGAGGUGGCCAUGUAA